AAUUUAUGUAUACUCUCACACAAUAAUAGCUCUCUAUAUAUUAAACCCUUCUCAUACGUCUUUUACAUACUACAUACACUAUCAUAUUGUAAGUGUCAAUUUUUUCCACUCUAAAAACACAUGGAACUCUUAGACAUACUCUUACUCCUCCUAGUAACAAUCUUUCUCCCUUUGUGGUGGCGACGAAUGUCAUCCACCACUGGUAAGGGCCCGAGGAGUAACCUUCCCCCGGGCCCACCAGGGUGGCCUAUCGUUGGAAAUCUCUUUCAAGUCAUACUCCAACGUAGGCCUUUUAUGUAUGUGGUUCAAGACCUACGAAAGGAGUACGGGCCUAUCUUCACGAUGCAGAUGGGCCAACGAACCUUGAUCAUCCUUACGGAUGCAAACCUAAUCCAUGAAGCCCUUGUUCAGCGGGGCGCACUCUUUGCGAGCCGCCCUGCUGAGUCCCCCACCCGGUUGGUCUUUAGCCUCGGGAAGUGCGCCAUCAACUCGGCGGAGUAUGGCCCGCUAUGGCGGGCCUUACGUAAGAACUUUGCCGCCGAGGUGGUGGGCUCGGCCCGGGUUAAGCAAUGCGGGUGGGUAAGGAAGUGGGCCAUGGAGAACCACAUGGGCCGGCUCAAGGAGGAGGCCCAUGAAAAGGGCUACGUAGAGGUAAUGAGCCAAUGUAGGCUAACAAUAUGUAGCAUUAUAAUCUGCCUUUGCUUCGGAGCCAAGUUAUCCGAAGAGUUGAUAAAAAACAUUGAAAGUGUCCUCAAGGAUGUUAUGCUUAUGACUCUACCGAAGCUUCCAGACUUUCUGCCCGUUCUAACCCCGUUGGUUGCCCGGGGGCAGCUUAGGCGGGCGAAGGCGCUAAGAAAAAAACAAAUGGAGAUCCUCGGCCCGCUAGUCCAGGCCCGAAAGGGUUUUGUCGAGAGCCGUGGGAGCCCGAAGAGUAGCUCUUUCGACAUGGCGAGCCCGGUUGGGGCGGCCUACGUGGAUUCUCUCCUAAGCCUUGACCCGCCGGGGAGGCCCGACGGGCUUGGGGAGGAAGAGCUGGUGACUUUGUGCUCGGAGGUGAUCAAUGCCGGAACUGACACUAGUGCCACCAUCAUCGAGUGGGCCCUCCUACACCUUGUGUUGGACCAGAAGGUUCAACAGAAAUUGUACGAAGAAAUCGUAGAUGUGAUAGGACAUAAUAAUGGGGUUGUUUCUGAGGAUGAUCUCGAGAAGAUGGUAUACCUCAACGCCUUCAUCAAGGAGACGUUGCGGCGGCACCCACCAAGCCACUUCCUCCUCUCUCAUGCCGCGAGGGAGGACGCCGUCCUAGGCGGCUACACCAUCCCAAAAGAUGCAAAUCUCGAGAUUUACACGGCAUGGGUGACCCAAGACCCGGCCCUAUGGCCCGACCCGGAAGCUUUCCGGCCCGAGAGGUUCUUGCCCGGAGGUGAAGGGUAUGAGGUGGAUUGGACGGGUAACCGGGGGGUUCGGAUGCUGCCCUUUGGGGCGGGUAGGCGGAUCUGCCCGGCUUGGAGUUUGGGUACGUUGCAUGUGGGUCUAAUGCUUGCUAGGAUGGUGCAUGCUUUUCGUUGGGUUCCUUAUCCGGGUAGCCCGCCCGACCCGACCGAAACUUUUGCUUUUACUAUGGUGAUGAAGAACCCCCUCAAGGCUGUCAUUUUUCCUAGGUGUUGAUAAUGGAUCUGAGAUCAGAAAUUACAAUAUAUAUUAAGGCCGGGUUAAUAUAUAAUUUACUUAAUUUAAUUGAAUUAUUGGUUUAAGCAUUUUCUAUGUACUAUGUUAAUUAAUGUAAUAGGAUAAAUUUAUAUAUAUAUAGGUGGUGUAGCUUAUGAAAAAUGAUCAAGUACGAUAAUAUAUAAACCGAGAAUGGUAAUACAUCAUGCAUGCAUGUAUGAUAAUUUAUGUAAUUGGUUUUCUUAAUUUCUCAUUUUAUAAAUAUAUUUUCUUCUAUUA